CUAUUAAACAAUAGGUAUCCACAAUCAUCUGGAUUUUUCCAAUAAAUCAUAUCAGGCGUAUUUACAUUAUCCCUAUCAAUUUGAACAGUUGCGCGCAAUCUUCUCUUCUUCUUUGCUCAUUCCCACUUUAAGUGGGGUCGGCUCUCCUAAUAUUUCUGCGCCACGACAUUCUGCUCUGGGUUGUCGGUUUAGAUAAAUUAUACUUAUAAGUUUCUUCUUUCUCAUAAGUUUCUUAGUCACAGGGGCCAUCUUGAAGCUACCACGAACAUAUUCGUUCCGGAUUCUGUCUAGAUUCUGCCACAUAUAGUACAGCGGUUAGGGACGCUACUAAAGAAGGAGAUCCAUGUUACAUCCCUUCAUACCGCCAUCAAUUCUGCCAGGCUACGCCGACUCUUUGCUCACAUACUUAAAUUGUGCGCCAGACACUGCGUUCUUAUGGAGUCUCAACGUUGACUAACGCCAAAUACACCUGCAGGACUUUUCUGGAAGGGUUGCCAUGCCUUAAAUCCACUGUAGAUCAGACAUGGUGAUAUUAGUACAUCUCCAAUACCAUCAUUUACUUCCUCACCAGUCGUUUUUAAGGUGUUCUUUAGAGAGUGCCGGUAACUAGAGAACUAGGCCAAAAUUAACCAAGCGCCUCUGUUUGACUGUUACGUGCAAUUAAUUAUACCAUAAGUCACAACUAACAAAAAAAAACAUCAACUUUCUUACAGUCAAAAUAUGUAGGUACGCGAAAAAAGUUGAAAACUCUAGUCUGGCUGAUUUACACAACACUUCUAAAAACUCGGUAUUUUGGGUUGUCUAAAUCUUGGAGAUAAAAACCAUUUUAAUUCGAGAUGUAUCCUACAACUAUCAACUCACCGGUGAUAAUCUCCUCAGUCUGAUAGUAAGAUUUAGAUCGUACCAUUCGAGUGAAAAUAUCAAAAGAUAAAAAUGGUUACCGUUCAAAUUGAACAAGGAAAAUUGCGGGGAAAAGUUUGUAAAGAUUUUCUUGGGGGAGAAUUUUUUAGUUUUGAAGGAAUCCCUUAUGCCAAACCACCGAUAGGACCAUUAAGAUUUAAGGCACCUCAACCUCCAUUACCUUGGGAUGGAAUUAGGGACGCUACCAAAGAAGGAGAUCCAUGUUAUUCCCUUCAUAUGAUUAAUGCAAAUACUGUUGGUUCUGAGGAUUGCUUAUUUUUAAAUGUUCAUACUCCCAAAAUUCCUGAAAAUUUUGAUCAUCUUAAACCGGUUAUGGUUUGGAUUCAUGGUGGCGGUUUUCUUUCAGGUUCUGGAAAUAGAGAGCUUUACGGCCCUGAAUUUUUAAUACCACAAGAUGUUGUUGUUGUUACCAUAAAUUAUAGAUUAGGCGCUUUGGGGUUUUUAUACCUCAACGACCCUAAAUUGGGAGUCCCAGGUAACGCUGGUCUCAAAGAUCAAGUUAUGGCUUUGAAAUGGAUUAAAAAUAAUAUUAAGAAUUUCGGUGGGGAUCCUGAUAAUGUUACGAUUUUUGGGGAGAGCGCUGGAGGGGCUUCAGUUCAUUACUUAAUUUUAUCCCCAAUGGCAAGAGGGUUAUUUCAUAAGGCAAUCCCGCAAAGUGGGUGUGCUUUAAAUCCUUGGGCAUGGGGGAGUUAUUCAGCUAAAGAUUUAUGUAACAUCCUCAAAAAAGAAACGAAUAAUGAAGAAGAAAUUUUAAAAGUUUUACAAAAUGUUUCUGUUGAACAUCUAUUUAAAGCACAAUUUAAAUUAAAAGAUCAUAUAAGAGCCGAUGAUUUUCGUCCUCUUGGUCCAAUAAUAGAAAAAAUUUCUCCGUAUGAAGAAGCAUUCCUUUCUGAGCCACCUUUAGAUCUAAUACUUCAAGGUCGAUACAAUCAAGUGCCGAUAAUGAUGGGGUAUACAUCGAGAGAAGGGAUGCUUAUUGAUUUAAUAAUUCCCGAUGAGGAUAAAAAAAUAAUUCAAGAUUUUGAAGAUACGGUUCCGGUUUGGUUGGGGUUGGAGAAAAAAUCUCCAAUUUCAAUUGCAACGGGGCAAAAAAUUAAACAAUUUUAUUUCGGCGAUAAAGGACAAAGUUUGCAAGAUAAAGAUCCGUGGUAUAUGUUGAACACCGACAAUUUAUUUUUACGUGGUAUUUACACUUGUGCUAAACAUCACAGUGUUACAUCAAAAGAACCCGUUUAUUUGUACCGAUUUUCUUUUGAUGGCCCAAUGAACCUUUUUAAAACGUUUGCUGGGAUUACUUCAAAAGGUGCUGCGCACGGUGAUGAUUUAUGUUACCUAUUUAAAAACUUCUCUCACAACGAAAUCGAUCGUUUAAGCAUCGAUUGUGAGUGUAUUUCAAAAAUUACCCAACUAUGGGGAAAUUUUGCAAAAACUGGGAAUCCUAAUUUACCGGGAUUGGGUGAAAACGUCGAGUGGAAACCGGUUACUAAAGAUGCGGUUAACUUUUUAGAUAUUGACUUUAAAUUAACUUUGGGAGAAAAUCCAGAAAAAGAAAGGAUGGAAUUUUGGGAUGGCAUCUACAAAAUGAAACCAACGUGUUCAAAGUUAUGAUAUUUUUUUAAUACAUUUUAUAGAAAAUUGA